AUGAAAGUAAGCAGCGACAUGAUCAAGGAAAUGUACGAAGAAGCAGAGAACGUUUGGGUUCCUGAAAUGGUUAAACUCAUGAAAGAAACAAAGGAACCAUUCAUAAAUGUCAUAUAUGAUUUUGGAGAUGCUGCUCAUCCAAUAACCCCGCACAGCUCAAGGAGCACAAACAUGGCAAUAUUAGACGCAGCAGUUUUAGGCAAGUGCCUUGAGAAGCGUGGAGUAGAAAAUCUGCAUUCUGCGCUCGGAGAAUUUCAGUCCAUACGGCUUCCAGCUGUUUCGAAACAAGUACUGCAUUCUCGGUAUGUGGGUCACAUCAAACAAGGUUUAGUUCUUUCUGAUCGCAACCCAUUUGAUCCAAUGAUAGCAAAGCCAGAGGAAUGCCAAAUACUUCUGCAGAGAAGCGUGCCCUUCCUUGGCGAUGCUCCUUCAAUAUUACUUUAG